CGUCACUUCCGCCGCGGCGGCGCUGGGGCGGCCAUGGCGCUGUCGCGCGCGGAGCGGUGCCUGGCGCUGCUGCUGCGGCUGCUCUCGCGCGCCUGCCUGGCGCUGCUGGGGCUCGUGGCGGCCGCGCCCCCGCGCGCCGUCCCGCCGCCCCGCCGCCCGCUCCUGCUGCUGCCGGCCCGGCAGCUGGCGGCGCGGCUCCGCGCCCGGCAGGUGACGUGCGUCGAGGUGGUUGAGGCGUACGUGGAGAGGAUCAGGGAGGUCAAUCCCCUCAUCAACGCCGUCGUUAAGGACAGGUUUGAGGAGGCCCUGCAGGAGGCGCGGCAGGUAGACAAGCUGCUCUCGGAGGGCCCCGGCGACGACUACCUGGAGGAGAAGUUCCCCUUCCUAGGGGUUCCCAUCACCGUCAAGGAGGCCUUUUCUCUGCACGGGAUGCCCAACACAUCUGGCUUGGUCAGCCGCCGCAAUGUGAUUGCCACCUCGGAUGCCAUGGUGGUGUCCCGGCUGAAGCAGGCUGGUGCCAUCCCGCUGGGCGUAACCAACUGCAGCGAGCUGUGCAUGUGGUACGAGUCCAGCAACAGGGUCUACGGCCGGACCAACAACCCCUAUGACCUGCAGAGGAUCGUGGGUGGCAGCUCAGGUGGGGAGGGCGGUGUCCUGGCAGCUGCAUGCUCAGUCAUAGGUGUGGGCUCUGACAUCGGUGGCAGCAUCCGGAUGCCUGCUUUCUUCAACGGAGUCUUCGGCCAUAAACCCACAACAGGUGUCGUGCCCAAUGAUGGUCAGUUCCCAAACGCUCAAGGGGUGCGGACCAGCUUCCUGUGCACAGGGCCCAUGUGCCGCUAUGCGGAGGACCUGGAGCCUAUGCUGAGGGUCAUGGCUGGUCCUGGAGUCAACAAGCUGAAGCUGGAUGAAGAGGUAUCACUAGAAAAAAUAAAAUUUCAUUGCAUGGAUCAUGAUGGUGGGUCCAUUUUUGUGUCGCCUGUGGACAAGGAGAUUUUGCAGGCCCAAAAGAAGGUGGUGGAGCACCUUGAAAGUGAGCUGGGGGUCGAAGUUCAGCGCGUGGUGAUCCAUAAGAUGAAGUAUUCUUUCCAGAUCUGGUCAGCCAUGAUGUCAUCCAAGGACAGCGAUGGGCAGGAGGCACAGCUAUUCACGGACCUGCUGGGGGAUCACGGCAAGCCGGUGUGGCCGCUGUGGGAGCUGAUGAAGUGGCUUGUGGGGAUGUCCUCCCACACUCUGCCAGCUAUCGCCUUGGGGCUGACAGAGAAGGUGAUGAAACUCAACCCUGGUGGGAAUGCCAAGCUGGUGAGCAUGGGGAAGAGCCUGCAGGAAGAGAUGGAGGCCCUGUUGGGGCCGGAUGGGGUGCUUCUUUACCCCUCCCACCCCACCGUAGCUCCUAGGCACCACUCCCCCAUAUGCAUGCCCUUCAACUUCGCCUACACAGCUAUCUUCAACGUCCUGGGCUUGCCGGUGACACAGUGCCCGCUGGGCCUGAGCAGUGAGGGCCUGCCACUGGGCAUCCAGCUAGUAGCAGCUUCCUACAAUGACCACCUAACUCUGGCAGUAGCCCGGUAUCUGGAGAAGGCCUUCGGAGGAUGGGUUUUACCUGGGAAAGUUUAGCCUGGGCCCCUUGCACUGCAGGGAGGCAGGGACGGAGAUGGUGGUGCCCAGUGAGGCAGUGGCAGUCCUGUCAUGGCACUACCCACUCCCUCCGCACCCCACUUUGCACCCUCCUGCGAGCAGCCAGCAGUGCCUCUGGCCCCUGGGGAAGCUGGGCUGUUCCUGCUGGAGUCAUCUCCUCCCUGCAGCACCCUCUGCCAGGAGAGACACCUGCCCAUCCCGUGGCCCUGCGAGACCCCAGUGCCGCAGACUGACAGCGUGCUGCCUGCAUCCUGCCUGCAAUGGGCACCUGUGAUCUUCCCCUGGGUGUGGAGAUGGCAGUCUCUAGCGCUUGCUGCUUUGAAGAUGCUGAGUGAAGGCUGGGGAAAGAAGGUGCCAGACUGCUGGGGGACAACCACAUAGCACUGCCCCUGGGGCCUGGGGACCCUGGGUGCCCUCUCCUUGGCCUUGCCCUGCACACAGGCUUGCUGGCCCUUGCAGCCUCCCUGAGCUGCCCCAGGGUUUCCCCCACUAACUCUAAAGGAGAGGGUGCUGGAGGCAGCUAUAUGCCAGCGUGACCAGCAAUGCCUUGUAGGGUGGAUGGUGCUGGGCUCUGCCCGGUGCACAGCUGGCAGGCAAGGGAGAAAGGGGCUUUUGCUCUUGUGCAGCUUUAGCAGCACUGGAAGAGCUCUUAAAUGCUCUUCUCUAUGUUGAGCUGGCUAAAGCAUCUCCUGCCUGUGUCUUUCCUUUCUGUCCCAGGCGAUCACCCAGCCUGACUGGUGUCCCCUGCCCUCUCAAGCUGCCCGGCCCCUCUGCCCCCAGAGUGGAUGCAGGCAGAGGCUCGGGCAGCUGGCUGUUCCCAGGGCGGGCAGCAAGCACAGGAUGUUCUCAGCAUGGGUGGUAUUAAAGAGUCUGUCCAGUUU